AUGGCUAAGCAUCAUCCAGAUUUGAUCUUUUGCCGUAAGCAGCCUGGUGUCGCCAUCGGCCGGCUUUGUGAUAAAUGUAAUUCCUAUAUGCUAACCGAUUUCAUUCCUUGUUUUUAGGUGACGGCCGUUGUGUGGUUUGUGACUCUUAUGUCAGGCCUUGCACUUUGGUAAGAAUUUGCGAUGAGUGCAACUAUGGGUCCUACCAGGUUUCGUAAUAAUCUUAUAUCCAACUUAUAUUCCUUUAGGGACGAUGCGUUAUUUGCGGAGGACCUGGUGUCAGCGAUGCGUAUUAUUGUAAAGAAUGCACGAUUAUGGAGAAGGUUAGCGAAUACAUAUUUUUUAGAAAAAAAAAACCUUAUUUUAAUACUUCAGGAUCGAGACGGCUGUCCGAAGAUUGUUAACUUGGGAAGUGCAAAAACGGACUUGUUCUACGAGCGGAAGAAGUUUGGGUUCAAAAAAACAUAG